AUGGUCGACGAGAAUAUUUUGACGGUGAAUAUCAAACUACUUCAGCAUAAUAUUACCUUACUGGCAAUUUAUGCCCCAUCUGAUGAUGAAUCGAUCGCUUAUAAGGAGUCUUUUUUCGAAACUCUCAAUGAUGUCAUUGGCAGAAUUGGGGACUCUAGAGAGAUCAUUAUGAUGGGUGAUUUCAACAGCCGAACAGGAAGAUCGCCUGACAGUGAUAUCAUAGGUCCAUAUGGAGAAGAACAAGUCAAUGAUAAUGGCAACAGGCUCAUACAAUUAUGUGAAACCAACAACUCGAAAAUCACUAAUGGUUUCUUCCAACAUAGGAACAUACAUCGAUACACCUGGGUGCAGCCAACACGUGGUCUCAAGUCAAUAAUAGAUUACUUCAUAGUCAAGCAGAAGCCGAGCAUUCAAAUAAAUGAUGUGAGAGCAUUAAGAGGAGCUUUUGGUGGUGGGUCAGAUCAUUUCCUCGUACGAGCCAAAGUAUUCUUUCCAUCAAAAUAUCAAGUGAAUAAUAGCGAUAAUCGAACUAUUGGCUUACAGAAACUGUCAAACCACGAGUAUAAUCUUGAUAGCUUCAUGCAUGAAAGUACAGUUGCAUUAUACCAGCAAAGACUGGAUAAUAGCCUGCUAACGAACUUUCAAGACCUCACAUUCCAUGAAAUAUAUGAUAAUAUCAUUUCGAGUAUAAAGAAAGCGGCUAAAGAAGCUUUAGGAAUACGAAAAAAGCAUAUACCGAAACUUGGGGUGGAUUAUUACAAGAAAUUACUCACUGAAGAUAGGCAAGAAUAUAUAAAUGAACCAACGACGGAGAGAAUUGGUAUACAGGGUGAAACUAUUGAAGUAACUGAAGAUAUGGUAAAGAAGGCUAUGAGGGGCUUGAAAAAUGGUAGAGCUUGUGGACCUGAGGGAAUAUACGCGGAGCUUCUGAAACACGGAACCGAAAAAUUGUACAGUAUGAUAACUUAUCUAUUCAACUUAUGCGUAAAUGGUCACCCUAUUCCCGACGAAUGGAAAUCUGCGUAUAUGAUAUCAAUUUAUAAGAAAGGUAAUAAGAAACGAUGUGAUAACUACAGAGGACUAUCGAUAACAAGCACAUUUAGUAGAUUGUAUGGAAAGGUGCUGAGAGAUCUCAUAGAGGAAGAAACAAAGGGUCUGGAAGAGGAAGAACAAAGCGGUUUUCAUGCUGGAAGAACAUGCAGUGAUAAUAUAUUUUGCCUCAAACAGAUUAUUGAGAAAAAAACAGCAACUAACAGGGAAGUUCAUAUCACAUUUGUAGACUUACACAAAGCUUAUGAUACAAUUCCAAUAGUAAAACUCUGGGAAGUAUUGGAGGGCACGAACAUCAAUCACACCCUUAUAAAAGCUGUGAAGGAUCUAUACACUGGGACUAAAUCAAGAAUCAAAGUAGGAAAAUAUGUAACAGAUGAAUUUCUUGUAAAUAAAGGUCUGAGGCAGGGAUGUUGUUUGUCCCCAACAUUGUUUAAAUUAUAUGUAGCUGCAGCUUUAAAACAAUGGAAGAAGAAAGUCCGUGGUAUGGGAAUAGAGCUCGGUAACAUGACCCUCUAUACUUUGCAAUUUGCUGAUGACCAAGCUGUUGUGUCUGGUGAUAAGGAUGAUAUGGAAUACAUGAUACGCAAGCUGAUUGAAGAAUACGAAAAGUGGGGUUUAAACGUCAACUUAGGAAAAACCAAAUAUCUUUGGGUCGGUGGGGAACCUCGUGAUCUAACAUUGAAUAGUGGUGAGAUAAUAACUUACUGCCUGGACUACAACUAUCUCGGAGUAAUUUUCGACUCGACUGGAACGGACAACAAGGAAAUAGAGAGAAGAAUAACAACAGCGAAAAAAGCACGAUCCUGUCUCAAUGGCAUACUAUGGAAUAAAAAUAUCUCCAAAAGAAGAAAAUUCAAUAUAUACGAGACGUUAGUGAAGUCCAGUCUAUUAUAUGGGUCUGAGAAUUGGAGAUUAACCGAUAAAUACAAAAGAAGAUUGGAAGCGGUUGAAAUGGACGCUAUACGGAGGUCACUGAUGAUUUCAAGGCGAGAUAGGUUGACCAUAGCUAGUAACGAUGGACAAUCCGUUAUGUCAUUCACUACAUUGUACAAAAAUUUCACCGCCAGUACUUUCCGUCUAACUUCCAAAGAGGAGACCCCAAAUCUGUUCAAAAGCAAGCCAUACUCUGAACCCCUCACUGGGUAG